AUGGAGGUACUACCAUGCCCAGAACUACAAUGUGCUGGAGAAUCCAAUUGUCCUCCGCUAAGUCCUGAAUCAAAACAAGCAGGGCAUGGUGUUGAAGAAAAACCAAAUUUUAUGCACGUUGAUUGCUUUCAAGAAAGAUCAGCAGAUGGGCUCACAGUUGUUAGCACUGCGAGAAGCGAAAGUGUAUUGGAAGUUCAUAAUACUACCCCAUUAUCUGUAAGCAAUCAGUUGGAAGGAAAAAGUGGGUCAGUCAAUGGUCUUCAGGUGAUGGGUGCUGUAAAAAGACCAAGAAUUGAACAAUCGGAUGGCACACCCCAUGAUGCUGAAAGUGUACAGAUAUUAGGUUGUCCCCUACAACUAGAAAGAGACCAGAUAUUGAACGGUGACCCAGAAUUAAAAGCUAGCUUUCCUAGGGCUGACUCUUGUCAGAUUAAGGAAUGCAAUAUACUGAAUAAUAGAUGUCAUGAAUGCAAUCCCUUCAAUGCGGGAGUAAGUCUGAAAGAAGAAUCGGACCGGUUGAGAAGCAAAGAAUUUCGACAUUUGGUGGCCAGCGUACAAUGUAAAGGAGAACACGUUGUGGAGCAACUAAAGAAAGUGAGCGACAACUUUAGAAGUGAAACAGGUGCUCAACAAAACCAAACGCAAGAAAACAAACGAAUGACAAAUGAUCUCUUCCCUGCAGAUCCCGUUGUUGGUUCUUCAGGUUUACCACAGAAUAAUGGUUCAAGUAAUCUUCACGGCCUAUCUAACCAUGCACCGACUUUUGGUUCUGAAUUAAUCAAUCUCUCUCUGGGAGACCAAGUUAUGGAAGAGACUGCUGCACAAGGCCAAUCAAAUGAGCCGGAUGAUCCUGAGGCACUUUGGGUGAAGGUUUGUCUUUAUUUCUCUAUUUUUCAUAAACAAUUUUUUUGAUUCGGGAUUGGAAGGUAGCAAAUGUACCUUUAUAUGACGGGAACUCAGUUGUGCUUGUGUACUUUUCAUGACCUUCUUAAAGACACGAAUUUUUAAUUUAAAUGGUCAAUCUGCUUUACGAAAAUAUUAAAUAAAAAUUAUUAAAAUAUUGCGUUCAACUGGAGGCAUGGCUGUUCUUGAACAGCUACACGUUUGUGCAAAUGUGAGAAACCUUAUUCAAAUGGCUGCUCCCUGCAGCUGCAUAUCUCUGGUGGUCUGAAUAUCUUAGGCAUCCUACUAGCCCUGCCACACAAGCAACCCUUCAAAUUGUUUAGAUGAGGUAGAUCCUCCAAUUUUUCAAUAAUGUUUUGGGGCAUACACUAUGGGAUGGUGGGCAUUAGGCCGCACAACCUGAAGAGCAAGAGCAGAAAACAGUUAAAAUGAAGUUGACACAAAUUAUUCAAGAGUGUAACAGGGUAGUAAUAGAAAUAUCUUUACUUUUCAUCAUAUUCCUAAUAGCUGAAAAAAAAAUCCUGUCAAAAAGAAUUAAUAUUGCUCUACAUCUGAUAUGUGAUUUGAGCUUUGAAAGAAUUCGCUAGAGAAACUGGGGGUCGUACCUUCUUCGUCUUUCUUUUCUUCAUGAAAUUAAAUUUCACGCCUUCAUGUGAAGAAUAACGCUUCAGUUGUUAUUAAAUACAAAAAAUAAAAGAGAAGCUGACGCAAAUUUGGCAAAGCAACGAAUUCUACAAUCACACUUUGAUGUGUCAUGUGAUAGGUUAAUUAUUAUCAAUUGCAAUUAAGGUGACAUGAAAUUAAGGAAGAAUAUAUUUGCAUUUGUGAAAAAGGUUCUUUUUCCUUUUAAUCAUAGAACCUAAAACACCUUAAAAAAUAUUUCUUCUUUAUGGUGUGAAUGAAUAUUAACCUAUUUCUGCCACAAAAUUUCACCUUUCUCAAAGGAAUUCAUUAGAGAAACCUGGAAUGAGGAUUCCUCGAUUUUUUUAUGGUUGAAAGUGAGACUAAAACGUGCUCAGAUGCUGUGCAUAUUGAUACUGAAAUCAUAUUAGAUUUCUUCUUUUUUAUAUAUUUUUUUCAAAACUUAGUGAUUUGCAUCCUUUAUCACUAUGUAAUGACGUGGUCUCUGGCAACUAACUGCCUUUUAAAGACUCAGGGGGGACAUGUUAACUUUUUCAAGAUUAUGAUCCUGAAUUUCUUCCCUCUUCUCAAGUGUAGUGGAGAGGAAAAUGGCAGACAGGCAUCCGUUGUCCAAGGGCUGAUCAUCCUCUGUCAACUUUGAAGGCAAAGCCUACACAUGGGAGGAAGAAAUAUGUUGUAGUAUUUUUUCCAAACACAAGGACCUAUUCAUGGGUGGAUACACAACUUAUCCGUUCCAUUGAUGAGUUACCAGUACCUCUUGCUUGUGGUACUCAUUACACAUGGAUGGCAUUCGUCAAAGACUUGACGUUUCAACGUCGCUAUGUCAUGCAAAAGUUAGCUGUUCUAAUGUUAGACAUUAGUGACCAGCUCCACACACAGGUAUGGAGCUCUCUAAGGUUGUUUCUUUUAUUGGGAACAUUUCCUUCCAUCUCAUUUCUUGAUGUUGUCUAUACUUUCAUUUAUUAGGCUGUCAUUGAAAGUGCACGCAGAGCCUCGACCUGGAAAGAAUUCGCUGAGGAGGCUUCCUUAUGCAGGGAAUAUUUUGAGCUCGGGAUGAUGCUUUUGAAGCUUCAUAAAGUAUGUCUUGGGUCAUUGUCUGAAAGCUUUCAUGUUCAUGUUUCAGAAUUUUUGAUAUAUUUUCAAAUUUUAAUUAACAUCGAGGCUUGUAUUUUCUUAGGUACUAUUUUUGUGAUUCAGUUAGAAAAAAAAAGAGUUUUCUAACCAACCAGUGAAAUUAAGGGAAGUAACCAGUAUACGCUGUAGAUAGUUCAGAUUAGAUUAAAUGAGGUUAAAAAGUCAAAUACUGCCGUGAUUUGGCAGUACUCAUUGACCAGCAUUCAGACUUAGACCUUUGAUUGUGCUAACUUAUUGUCAGAGAAAGAAUGCGAAAAGUUCAAUGGUUAAUUGGAAAAUGUCAUCAAUUUAUUUCUCUUUAAAUUUAUAUUUUUUGUAUUGUAGAUGGUAAAAAAAACUGAGCUACAUGAAGAUCGAAUUGAGAGAGAGUGUUUCUUCGUUUGUAUUUGUCUUCCCCCAAAUUCCAACUAGUCAUAUUAGACGCAAUGGCAUCCAAAGGCGUUUCGUUGCAUCAUAAAUAGUGAUGUGUAUCACAUGAAGUCCAAUUAUAUUAUGCCAACUGAGACUAAACUUCUAGUAUCAACCAGAAUCUUUUGGCUUUUCUUCGAACAGUUACUUUCCAGUUUCUUGGGGGUAUCCGUCUCAAACCCCGCAGCCUUUUUGGACUUGUAAACGGUUAAUACUUAGGGAGUAAUCUGUUAACUGAACCGUCUAGAGAGUCCCGCCUUCUCGUAUUUUCUCGUGCAAAUCGGUGCAGAUUCCCCGAAGAUUCAGGGACGAGUUAAUUACUGUGUUUUAUGCUUGUGGAUGUAGAAAUGAAUUUUAGCUCUGGUCUACUGGUGUUGUAAACUGUGACGUAUCCAUACUAUCCAAGCUUGAUUAGACUAUUGACUCAUCUGCUUUUGGGGUCUGAGAGUAAGUUUACUAGGCUGUUUUCAAUGGUUUUGGGAUAUUGUUUUAUAGAAUGGGAUUAUGUAUUCCGUAACUUGACUUCAAUUUCCUCUCUUUUGGUGUUUCACUUGUCUUCAAUUCAUCUUCAGUUAUUAUUUAAUAUUUCUUUUUUUAUUGUUGCUCAGCUUUUGUUGCUUCCCUUUCUAAAACAAGUGUAACUCCUUUUACAUGCAGAUGAUUCUGCCCGAGUACAUCAAAUCCAACUGGCUAGAGCAUUCGUAUAACUCAUGGGUGACGAGAUGUGAACAGGCGCAGAGUGCAGAAACUAUUGAAUUACUUACGGAGGUAUUUAAAUCAUUAAAAAAAAUUGUUCUGUUUGUGGAAAUUUUCUGGACUUGGUGGAAUGUGACAUUUGGAAGCUCUAUAUAUUUCUAAAAUACUUUAUGCAGUUUCCACCUUCUACUUAUCGUUUUCAUGAUAUUUCUUGCUGUUUAUAGUCUCUUAGUAGAUUACUCUGGGGGUGCACCAAUACAUUUAUUUUCCGUACGGAAAUUGAAUCGGAGGUGUCGGUUCAGUUUGAAAUCAUGAUUUGAAAAAUAUGUGCGGUUACCCUUAUUCCAUAUGGUCUGUAUAGUCAUCCUUUGUGCAGCCCUCUGAGAAUCCCACGGUGGUUAAAAACUCUCUGUAAUUCCUCGGUUCUCUUUGCUUGGAUAUCCAUAGCAUCAAAUCAGAUGUUCUGGAUGAUCUAUCUCUCGGAUAAUUCUGGAGACCAGGGUAAGACAGGAGGUUUAGGGAAUGGGAUUCGAGAAGUGUCUACAGUUAAAUUAGAUGGAGAAGUGGGACAGGAUAGAAUGCAGAUCAUUGUGGAGAAAGUAUGUAUAAUAAUUGGACAUCCAAUGGAAAUUAAGCUAUUUCUAUGGCAGGGGAUACUCAAGAGAUGCUCAUAAUAGGCAGAACAGGUAAUGCAAAGGUUGCACAGUCUCAGGCUAAUGUGAGGAUGCUGAUUUAGUGGGCUAUGAUUAGGAUUUUAUUUAUGCUUUACGUGCAGACCUUGGUUCCUUUUUGAACGUGUAGUCUAUCCUGCUUAUGUUGUUAGCCAUUGGCUGUAGAACAGUAUGUUAUUAUAACUUUAGGUUCACUUCAUGAAAAAUUCAUGUUAUUUCUACCUAAAAGGUUAUCACGAACUUAAUGCGAAGCCACAAUGCCCUUUGGAAAUCAAAUAGAUGUAAUUAUUGAUUGUUGGCUGCGCGACCAUCGGAUUGGUUUGUGAAGGAAGAUUUAUCAUAAAUGAUUCUUAUGUCUGUAUUUUCACAAUCGCUCUGCCAUGUCUCGUGCUAUCUGGAUAGAGUGGGUGAAAUCAGUGUUGACAAUGGCAAUGAAGAAAACUAGAAAAUUAAAGUGCUCGUUCGAAAUACUUUGUUUAAACAUUAUAAGCUGGAAAGGCAAAAAAUGUCCACAAUGAAGAGACAGACUCUUGUUGCCUGCCACUGUUAGUGUAUAUAUGCAGAAAAAUAUAUAUAUUUUUCCUAUUUAAUAUUUUUUUGUGAUCAGCUUUUUUCAACCUGGAUUAAGUUAAUCUUUUAGUUUUGGUGACAUUUUUCCAUUUAUUUGUGGAUCAACUAUCUGCCUAUUUAAUGUAUCAUCAUUUUCUACUGGACUAUGAUCAAUAUUUUCUGUUUAAUUGUUGAUUUCUUCAAGCUUUCACAUUCGACACUGAAAAAUCACUUUCUUCGAGAAUCCUGUUUACAGGGUGGGCUUGUAUCUAUCCCUAUUUUCGAAUGAAAUCUUUUUCUCUAACUGAUAGCUAGAUCUAAAAAUGGGUUAUUUCAUUUCUCGUCACAUUAAAUCUUCAUUUGAAUUUAGGGAAGUAUUUUUUUCUGUGCUGAUGGUCUGAUUCCUAUUUUUUGUUGUGCAAUUUCAAACUAUGAUCUUUCUUUUGCUAAUUCAACUUUCUUUCUUUGACAUAGGAAUUGGUUGACUCGGUGUUAUGGACUAACGUCGAUAAGCUCUGGGAUGCACCUGUGCAGCCUGAACUAGGCACUGAAUGGAGAACAUGGAAACAAGAAGUUAUGAAGAUAUUCUUCACAUCACUUUCUGGAGCCAGUUGUUCUAUUGAGAAGUUGAGUUAUGACUUUCCUUCAAAUACAGGAGUCCAUUUCAGCAGGAAACGCCCCAAGCUGGAAGUUCGAACGUUAGAUGUUUAUCCUAAUGAAGCAGAUGCUACGGCUCCCUUGGCUUAUCCUUCAGACAACAGGAACCGUUUUGAGACCCCCAUUGAAGGCGUAAAAUCAAGUAAUACGCAGACUCCAGAUGCGGGCUCGUCAGCAAAUGGCGAUGACAAGAUGGUUGUGGCAAAUGAUCACCCUGAUAACGAUUUUCCCAAGAAAUACCGUCAAUGUUUGGGUUUUGUUGAAGCCAAGGGAAGGCAGUGUGGUAGGUGGGCAAAUGAUGGUGAGAUUUACUGCUGUGCCCAUCUGAGCAGCAUCUCUGUGGCCAAGGCAUCUCAAGCAGAACUAACUCCUAAAUUUAAAGCACCCAUGCUUGAAGGCACAUCUGCGGUUUCGAGUAGGAUGGCUCUUGCCAAUUAUCAAGUUGAUCAGGAUUCUCUGAAGUACAGGCAAUGUUUGGCAUUUGUAGAGGCAAAGGGAAGACAAUGUGGGAGAUGGGCAAAUGAUGGUGAUAUUUACUGCUGUGUCCAUCUAAACAACCAUAUUGUGAGCAAACCUUCUCAGGCGGACACAACUCCCCCAUUUAAAUCUUCCAUGUGUGAAGGUAUGACUACUCAUGGUAAAAAAUGUAAGCAUCGAGCUCGAUCAGGCUCUACAUUUUGCAAAAAACAUCAGGUUAGGAGAACUGAUAAUGGAAUGAUUUCUGGGAGCUCUUUAACUUCGUCUGAGAGUAAUCUCAAGGGGAAGUAUGGAAUAGAGAAACUACCGACUACCUCUAGCUCAUGUGCAGCCCAAGACAAUGAAGAUUCCUUGACUCGAGAAGCUGUACCUUCUAUGGGAGAGAAAUCGGUCCCUAUUGCUUACGCUCUUGAUGAAAGAAGAUUUCCACAGAAUCCAUUGGAACCUAAUGAUGCAUCAUAUUUUGGGCACUGCAUUGGGCAUGGUGAUGCCCAGUGUCUAGAGGAUGCAAGCAAGCAUGCUUUAUAUUGUGAAAGGCAUCUUCCUAACUUUCUCAAGCGCGCCAGAAAUGGUAAGAGUCGAUUAAUAUCUAAAGAAGUAUUUGUCAAUCUCUUAAAGGGCUGUGCAUCAAGAAAGCAAAAGAUCUAUUUGCAUCAAGCAUGUGAACUUCUGUACAGUUUCAUGAAAGGUAGUUUGUCCCAUCAAAAAUCCAUUUCACAGGGGGAUCACAUGGGAUGGAUAUUAUCGGAGGCCUCCAAGGAUCCGAACGUUGGAGGGUAUUUAUUGAAACUGGUUUCUUGUGAAAGAGAAAAAAUUAGCCGGGUUUGUGGAUUUGAUGCAGUUAAGGAUGAACAGGUGCAUUCCUCCCUAAUAUAUCCCACAUCUGAAAUGGAGGAACUUGAGAGGGACGGUGGUCCACAAAGUAACAUAAAGUGUAAAAUUUGUGCUGAGGGAUUCUCUGAUGAUCAGAUCCUUAGUGCCCACUGGAUGGAAGCUCACAAGAAAGAAGCGCAGUGGCUGUUUAGAGGAUAUGCUUGUGCAGUUUGCAGGAGCUCAUUCACCAACAGAAAAGUCCAGGAGGCCCAUGUAAGAGAGAGACAUGGAACCCAAUUCCUUGAGGAUUCUUUGCUUUUCCGCUGCAUGGCCUGCAAUAGCCUCUUCUCCAAUGCUGGCAAGUUAUGGCAGCAUGUGCUAUCGUGUCACUCAAUGGAGUUCAGGCUUCCUGACUCUACGAAGCCUUCUCAGGAGAGAAUUGGUUCUUCAAAGGUGGAGUCACAUGGUGAAUCUUGUUUGGGUAAUGGCACCUCGAAGAAUGAAGAUGGAUCCCAGAGAUAUGUUUGCAGAUUCUGUGGGUUGAAAUUUGAUCUUCUACCGGAUCUUGGUCGCCACCAUCAAUCAGCUCACAUGAAUUUGAGUUAUGUUGGCCACUUCUCAUCAAGAAAGAAUAAACAUAUUAAAUAUGGCAGGCACCACCGUUCUAGAUUCAACAAAGGUCUUGGACCCACGAGUGGGUUCAAAUCGUCAGGAAGUUUGGGGAUGAAGAAAUGUGUCCAGUCUUCAAGCUCUGUGGUUUCCUCUAGGUUGAGGGAACAGGCACAGGCGUCAGAAGUACACCUUGGGAGGCUUUUGGAAUCUGAUUGCCGCAAUGUUGCUGAGGCCUUGUUUACUGAGAUGCAGAAAACCAAAUCUCCGCCAAGUAAUGUGGAGAUUUUGUCAAUUGCAAGGUCAACUUGCUGCAGAACAAAUCUCCAUUAUGUUCUGAAGAAAAAAUAUGGGACGCUGCCCGAAAAUCUCUAUUUAAAGGCUGCCAAGCUUUGCAGUGAGGCGAACAUUCCUGUAAAUUGGCAUCAAGAAGGUUUUACCUGUCCAAAAGGAUGCAAUUCUCCUGGUCAGCCCUACCGCCUCUCUCCUCUCAUCCCUCUUGCCUGCAAGUCUGAGGCGGCGAAUACCUCUACUUCGUAUCCUGUGGAUCAUGGUAUGUGGGCGAUGGAGGAAUGCCAUUAUGUCCUGAGUCCAAAGAAUUUCAAUCGUAGGCCUGCACGGAAAGCCAUCAUUUUGUGUGAAGACAUAAGCUUUGGACUGGAAUCAGUCCCUGUGCCAUGUGUAGUUGAUGAGAAUAUUAUAAAGGAGCCACUUUCCACAAGUUCCAAUGGAUCAUUGGAUUGGCAAGCUCUAGGGAUUUCUAUGCCUUGGCAGGGGUUUUCAUAUGCCACCAAACGGUUGCUUGAUCCAGCUCUUGGGCUUGAUACCAAAGUAAGACUUUUAACUACUCAUAGACCAAUCAGCAUGCAUUUGGCGUUUGCUCAUCUGGAAAUAUGUUCGCUCUUGUAAAUGACAGGUUAUGUUCUACGUUUUUACAGAGCUCACAGUUGGGAUGUGCCUGCUCUGGAGCAAAAUGUAGUCCUGAAACAUGUGAUCAUGUCUAUCUCUUUGACAAUGAUUAUGAAAAUGCCAAGGACAUAGAUGGUCACUCAAUGCGUGGUCGCUUUCCAUAUGACGAAAUGGGGCGAAUUGUUGUGGAGGUAAGAUGUGACAUAGCGUCAAUCUAGUCAAAAUUCAUUGAGUUCUAAAUGUCAAGGACGUAUUUUUUUGCAUAAAUUUAAUCACUGUGUUUUACCUACUAGUUUCCAUAAGAUUUAGACGCUGGAAAACUAUAUCUUCUUAUGAAAGGUAGAAAUCGAAAAUUUGUGAAUCUCUACCCUAUCCCCAAAUAAAUAAAGGAAAGAAGAACUGGAUACCAGCAAUUCUUGGGUGCAAUGACUGAGAAAAAACGCAGCAGACUUCAUCUAUCAAGACAGCAGAAGUAGGCUAGUUUUACUGUCCUCUUCCUCCUCUGAUGGUUGGGAGAUGAUGUGCUCUCUGAUCUGUCCAAUACGUUAAGGAGCUGCGUCUAGAUUGACAGUGCUGACAAUCUCAUGGAAUAAGUCUUUGGAAUCUUCUCUAAUUAAUUUCCAUGUUACAGUGUAGGGUAAUACACCUACGAAUAAACAAAUGAUCUCCAAUCUCUUGCAGUUAGGGAAAAUACAUGGGAUGUUUGAAUGGAGGUGAAUCUUCAUGAGUUAUUCGUUGAAUGGAAGCCCAGCCACUUUCUUAAGAUUGGGCUCCUUUAGACACACCUCAUGCCACUCUUUUUGUGGCUGAUCAAUGCUUAUUAAGAAUCCCCUGUUGUCUAUUACAUAAAUAAACCUAUGAUUAUAAGGAUGGACCUUAGGGUCGUCUCUUCCUCUCCAUCACUAUGUAACUCAAGAAACUGACAAUUGAAAAUUUUAUCUAUUGCCAUGACUAAGAUGGAGACCACUUAAGCGUUAGUUAGCCGUUUUCUUUUAUUGAUUCCCUGAUGGCAGAAUUGCGAUUUGUGCAGGAAGGUUGCCUUAUAUAUGAGUGCAACUCCAAGUGCAGCUGCGACAAAACCUGUCAGAAUAGGAUCCUACAGAAUGGGGUCCAGGUCAAGUUGGAAGUAUUCAGAACGGAUAAGAAGGUUAAAAAAAGAAAAAGAAAAGAACACUCUUUUUAUCUUAAUUUAUUAUAUUCAUUCAAAUAUUUAAUUUAUUCUUUGUCUUCUCAACAGGGAUGGGCAGUCAGAGCCACAGAAGCAAUCUCUCGCGGUAGGUUCAUUUGUGAGUAUAUCGGUGAAGUCUUGAACGAUGUGGAGGCCACCCGCAGAGGAGAGAGGUACCCUAACCAUAUCUAUAGAUCUUCAUAUACUUUCACCUCUGUAUUGGCUGCUCAUGGGCCGAACAUCAUCCGUCUAUAUUGUCUGCUUAGAAUAGUCCUGUAUUGGUCAUUGUAGAAAUAAACAUGUGAUUAUUGAUUCACAGCUAUAAUUUAUUGAGUUUGGUGGCCCAAGUAACUCCAACAUGGUACCAGAGUUUAUGAAAUUAAUUUGUGAUAAUGAACGUUAGGGCUACUACACUUCUUACUUAAAUUAGGUUUUGAGUUUUGUUGACCCAAAUGAUUCCUACAUGGUAUCAGAGCCUGUUGGUUGCUCUUGGGGGGGCUUAAUGUACCCCAUUAAUCUUGUCCACUAAGAAUAGUCCCAUAUUUUUCUGUGAUUAUGAAAGUGGACCUUCUCCAUUAGUAGCUUAUUGGCUUUGAAUUUGAUGGCCCAACGGCUCUGGCAAUCCCCUUCCUUGGCUGCUUCUCUUGGUGACCCCUCUCUCUCCCCUUUGAUAUUGCAGAUACGACAGUGAGGGUUGCAGCUACCUAUAUGACAUUGAUGCCCACAUUGACGACGACGAUGGCCGGCUGUCCGAAGGGAAGAUGCCUUAUGUGAUCGAUGCUACCAAAUGUGGGAACGUUGCCCGGUUCAUCAAUCACAGGUGCCUCUGCCCGCGAUCAUUUUUUUAAAAUAUUAUAUUAGUUCCAGAAGAAGCAACAUUGUUUUGAAAAAAUGUCCAAAUCAUGGAUUCUGCUAGUACCGAAAGGGGAAAUAUUCUAAUGAAGAAUACAGUGAUAAUAGAUUCAAACAUUGUAAUGAGAAAUACCUAAAUUCUGGUUUUGGCUCUUGCCGAAAGAAGCAGCAUUCUAGUGGAAAAUAACACAGAUCAUGUAUUCAGCAAAAACCUAGUGGAAAAAAUUGCAAAUCAUGGAUUCAGCUGGUUUCCAAAGAAUCAGCUAGUGGAUUCUAGUGGAUUCAGCUUGUACCAAAAGUAGCAACAAUCUAACAGAAAGAAUACCCUGAUUAUGGAUUUCAGCUUGUAUCAAAAGAAGCAGAAAAUCUCAUGGAAAAAUACCCUAAUUAUGGAUUUCAGCUAGUAUCAAAAGAAGCAGCAAAUCUCAUGGAAAAAUACCCAAAUUAUGGAUUUCAGCUAGUAUGAAAAGAAGCAGCAAAUCUCAUGGAAAAAAUACCCUGAUUAUGGAUUUCAGUUUGUAUCAAAAGAAGCAACAAUCUGACAGAAAAAUACCCUAAUUAUGGAUUUCAGCUAGUAUGAAAAGAAGUAGCAAAUCUCAUGGAAAAAAUACCCUGAUUAUGGAUUUCAGUUUGUAUCAAAAGAAGUAACAAUCUGACAGAAAAAAUACCCUAAUUAUGGAUUUCAGCUAGUAUCAAAAGAAGCAGCAAAUCUCAUGGAAAAAAUACCCUGAUUAUGGAUUUCAGUUUGUAUCAAAAGAAGCAACAAUCUGACAGAAAAAAUACCCUAAUUAUGGAUUUCAGCUAGUAUCAAAAGAAGCAGCAAAUCUCAUGGAAAAAAUACCCUGAUUUUGGUUUCAUCACUGGAUUAAUCGGUUCUUUCGUUUAUGCUUACAGCUGUUCUCCGAAUCUUGUGAAUUAUCAAGUUCUAGUGGAGAGCAUGGACUGCCAGCUUGCUCACAUCGGCCUUUACGCGGGUCGAGAUGUAAGGGAGAAAAAACUAUGGCUGAUCACAGAUCCUCAUAUCUAACCAUGGGUGUUCUAAUGCGGUGGUUUAUGAUUGUUCACAGAUUCUGCCGGGGGAAGAGCUCUCAUAUGACUACCGGUACAAGCUGCUUCCAGGAGUCGGAUGCCCCUGCCACUGCGGGGCCCCCAAUUGCCGGGGCCGGCUGUAUUGA